AUGCUUGAGACCCAGGGGGCCCAUCGUAGCGAGGCCCAUCAGAGUGAGGCCCAUCCUAGCGAGGCCCAUCGUAGCGAGGCCCAUCGUAGCGAGUCCCAUCCUAGCGAGGCCCAUCGUAGCGAGUCCCAUCCUAGCGAGGCCCAUCCUAGCGAGACCCAUCAGAGUGAGGCCCAUCCUAGCGAAACCCAUCCAAGCGAGGCCCAUCCUACCGAGUCCCAUCCUAGCGAGGCCCAUCCUAGCGAGAGCCAUCCUAGUGAGGCCCAUCCUAGCGAGACCCAUCCUAGUGAGGCCCAUCCUAGCGAGGCCCAUCCUAGCAAGGCCCAUCCUUGCGAGGCCCAUCAGAGUGAAACCCAUCCUAGCGAGGCCCAUCCUAGCGAGGCCCAUCAGAGUGAGGCCCAUCCUAGCGAGACCCAUCCUAGUGAGGCCCAUCCUAGCGAGGCCCAUCCUAGCACCAGCUGUGAGGCCCAUCCUAGCGAGGCCCAUCCUAGCGAGGCUCAUCCUAGCGAGGCCCAUCCUAGCGAGGCCCAUCCUAGCGAGGCUCAUCCUAGCGAGGCCCAUCCUUGCGAGGCCCAUCAGAGUGAAACCCAUCCUAGCGAGGCCCAUCAGAGUGAGGCCCAUGCUAGCGAGACCCAUCAGAGUGAGGCCUAUCGUAGCGAGCCCCAUCCUAACGAGACCCAUCAGAGUGAGGCCCAUCCUAGCGAGACCCAUCAGAGUGAGGCCCAUCCUAGCGAAACCCAUCCUAGCGAGGCCCAUCCUAGCGAGUCCCAUCAUAGCGAAACUCAUCCUAGCGAGGCCCAUCCAAGCAAGAGCCAUCCUAGCGAGGCCCAUCCUAGCGAGGCCCAUCAGAGUGAGACCCAUGCUAGCGAGACCCAUCAGAGUGAUGCCUAUCGUAGCGAGCCCCAUCCUAGCGAGACCCAUCAGAGUGAGGCCCAUGCUAGCGAGACCCAUCAGAGUGAGGCCCAUCCUAGCGAAACCCAUCCUAGCGAGGCCCAUCCUAGCGAAACCCAUCCUAGCGAGGCCCAUCCAAGCGAGAGCCAUCCUAGCGAGGCCCAUCCUAGCGAGGCCCAUCCUAGCGAGGCCCAUCCUAGCGAAACGCAUCCUAGCGAGGCCCAUCCUAGCAAGGCCCAUCAGAGUGAGGCCCAUCCUAGCGAGACCCAUAAAUCAGAGUAA